AUGGCUUCGUCUUUCGACGUUUUUAAUAUGGUGUUGAAAGAAUACGAGAGUUCGAUUAAGAGUUUGGAGAAGAAGGUGAGCGAAUACAGCAUAUCUAUCGCAGUACUGCAAUCGAGAUUGCUUCCGAACAAUCUCGAUUCGUCCGUUCAUCUCAAAGAAGACGAAGUAUUUUUACCGGGGCACGACAGGCAUGUGUUGAACGAGCUGUUGAAGGAAACGAUACGUCUGAGAAGCAUUCUGAACGACAAAUACAGCAACGAAGAGGUUGCAGAGGCGCAAAAAACGAUCCGUGCGCUGCGAUCGAAGAUCACCGAACUGUCUGUGGAGCUUGCUUCUAAAGAUUCCGAGCUUGGCGAACAUCUGGACGAUUUGAAAUCGUGCGAAUCGGAGAAAGACGCGUUGAUCUGCAAGCUGAAGCGUGAUUUAUCGAAGCUCCGAGAAGAGAGUAUAGAGCUUGCGACUUUGAAAGAAGAGUUUCGAAAGUUUCUAACUAAUCGAAAGGAUGACGACGACGAGCUCGCCACUUUGCGGGAGCAGAGGACCAGCUUAAGUAGAGAGAACGACAAAUUAUCCAAGCAACUUCGAGACGGGAUCAGCAUGAACACCAGAUGGCAGAAAUAUUCGAACCAGCAAGAAGCGCACGUCGGAAAGUUGGUGGAAGAGAAAGAAAAUUUACUGUCACGUAACAAAGUCCUGGAGUGGUUGGGCUCGGAGAAAAAAGACAAUGCCGAUCUUCAG